AUGACGGGCGAAGACGUUCAAAAGGAGGGUCAGAAAGACAAAUCGAAGAAAACGGACACGGACGAGGAGUCGGAAGCCUCGAAAGUGCCAAUCACCAUUGAUCCGGAGGUACUUAGAAAUAGAGAAAUUAUCUGAAAUCGUUCAAACUCCAGGAGGCGAAGAUUCCGAGCGCCGGCGGAAAAUCAGAGCACAUGGUGGUCAACUUCACCGCCAAACGGAUGGCUUUCAAAGUUCGCUGCGGCAACAAUCUGUUCCGCGUGGAGCCGACGCACAUGAUCGUGGAACCGGGAAAGUGUCGGCAGCUGACGAUCACUCGCUCGGCCGGGCCCAUUCAGACGGACAAGGCCAUCGUGCAGUACAUCGAGAUCGACAAGGACACGCAGGAUCCGAAGGUGGCGUUCAAGGCGGCCGAAGAAGCGAAGGUCAAAAUCCCGCACAUUCGGAUCAAGUUGAUGGUGAGGUGGCAGAUGAGACGGCUGUCGGACAGAGUUAUUUGCAGGCGGGUGCGGGGCCCGGACGGAAGAUGUCGCGUGAGGUGAUGGAGGAGUGA